AUGUCCGCGAUAUGCAAUGCUGUUUCCACCAUUCGCCAAGAAGUCAACCCGGAUCAGUAUCAAACCCAGAUCAUUAUGCACGCUGUGCAUCACACUAGGUUAGCAACUUGGCCUAAGAAAGGACUCGGACAGCCUAGCGAUAACCCUGGUUCCGUCCGUCAGGUGCGCUAUGGCAAUACCAAUGGUGGCCUGGUCGUACUGGCAGACGUUCAAUUAGUCGAGGUGCUUGCCCACUUCGCCCGAGAGCGUAUUCCUGAACGAAGCGUUCACGCCAAAGCAGCUGUGGCCUUUGGUCAAUUUGAGGUUCUUGAAGACAUCUCAGAUCUGACGGACGCGAAAUUUCUUACUGGCAUCGGAAAAACUACCAAGCUACAUACUCGUAUGUCUACUGUGGGUGGUGAGAAUGGGUCUGCCGAUACGGUCCGCGAUGUCAGGGGCUGGUCGACCAAGUUGUAUACCGAAGAGGGAAUUCAAGAUUUCGUUUUCAACGACCUCCCUGUUUUCUUCAUUCGAGAUCCAAUUAAGUUUCCUUCAAUGAAUCGUAGCCACAAAAGGCACCCACGAACAAAUAUUCCCGACAACACUAUGUUUGGGGAUUAUCAUGUCAACAACCCGGAAGGCAUCCACGCGAUUAUGCAUCUCUUCGGACAACGCGGCAUUCCCACAUUGUUGAGACAUAUCAAUGGUUUCAGCGUCCAUACUUACACAUUGAAUAAGGCCGUAAAUAGGACUUAUGUUUAUGUGAAAUGGCAUUUCCGGCCUGAAGGGGGCAUUGAAACCAUGGAUGCGGAGACAGCUGCGCGUUUGGCGGGUACCAAGCCAGAUUACCAUGUUCAAGACUUGUUCGACGCCAUCGAGAGAGGAGAUUAUCCCAAGUGGCUGGUGUAUGUUCAGGUCAUGACACCCGAGCAGGCACAGUCCGCGCCGAUCGACAUAUUCGAUGACACAUUCACUUGGCCGCAUAGCCAAUAUCCGUUGCGACUAGUGGGCAGGAUAACUCUCAAUAGGAAUCCUAAUAACUACUUUCAGGACAUUGAACAAGCCUGCUUCUCGCCAUCAAACAUGGUACCAGGUAUUGGUCCUUCCGCUGACCCAGUUCUCCAGGCAAGGAUGUUUAGUUAUCCAGAUGCUCAUCGCUAUCGAGUCGGUCCCAACUACUUCCAACUGCCUCCCAAUUGUCCUCACUCGCACGUGUACUCGCCAUACGUACGGGAUGGACCGAGCACCAUCAAUGGAAAUUACGGUGGAGAUCCAGACUACGUGUUUUCUAGCGUCCAGCCCGUCACAUAUGCUAAGCGAGUUCGGGUCCCAACGCAUGAGACUUGGUCAGGACAAGUCACUGCAUUCUCAACCGCCAUCACCGACAAAGAUUUUGUACAACCUCGUAAGCUUUGGAACAUCAUCUAUCUAGAUCCUGAUGUGAAGGAGCAGUUUAUCUGUAACAUUGUCCACACUUUAGAAGGUGUUCCGUCCGAUCUCCAACAACGAAUUUUUAAUUAUUUUGGUUGCGUUGAUGAAUUGAUAAAGACGUCCUUAGAAGAAGCAAUGCAGAAACCCCUCUCGUAA